AUGUAAUGGAUUGACGUUAUGUUGCCAGAGACGCUUUUCACGACUCGAGCUCAAGUUUGUCAUUACAUGUAGCUCGCUACCGAUGCACCCCCGCUCCACCGCCCCGACCCUGCCCAGGCCCAGCCUCCGUCGUCGUCCCUCGGUUGUGUGAGUGACACGUACACGCAGCUAUUGUAGGUAGCAAUCGCUUCAACCGAUACAUCGGUACGGAACCUCACUUUUAAUUUGGAAAGACGUCUAGCCUAUGGGCAUGGCUAUGCGACUAUGGACGGAGGCGAACAUAACAUAAGUUCUUUAACCCAUGAAAGGACUGGAGGCCAAAGAUGUUGAAUACAACUUAUAGAAGACUAACAACAUCCAGAACCAGAUGAUAGUAGAACCCAUCUGCCAUUAAUUUUGGAGGAUAUUUGAGAUCAAACCAAGGAGCUGUUUACAGGAACAUUACAUAGACAAUCCUCAAUCAUGGGGGACAAACCUGGGAGUGCCAAGACCAAGGGAAAGUUCUUUGAGCUGCGGGUGAAACUCUUUACUGAUGAAAUCUUCGUCAUGAAGGAGGUGUACCAAGAGAUGAAGAUACGGGCGCUUAAAUCUAAGAUGGAAUUUAUUACUGGUAUACCGAGUCAUCUGCAAAGACUGACUUAUCUUGAUGAAGCUGAUAUGAUGGACGAUAGUGAUGUCAAACAUCAUGAUAUAGUACCUGGUGCAAUUAUAAAUCUAGAUGUGUGGAAUACAUGGAAAAGCCUCAUCUCAGCUGCAGCCAAAGGGGAUGUGAAUCAGGUGAUGAAGCUUGGAGUUACUAAGGACACAAAGUAUGAGACCCCAUCAUCAAAGACGAUGCGAGAGAAAUCAAGGCAGGCGUGGAUAGCAGACCGAGCGUUUGUAGCUCUUUGUAUAGCAGCUCACAGAGGUCAUGUGAACAUGGUCCAGAAACUCAUCGAAGGAGGUUCUGAUGUACAUGCCAAGACAGCUAAUGGCCGCACAGCUCUCCACAUAGCAGCAGCACAGGGAAUGAACAGCGCUGUUGAGGUCCUGCUCCACAAUGGUGCCACCAUUGAUGAUCCAGACUGUGAGAAUAAGUCCCCUCUGGUCCUUGCUGGCGUGUGGGGCCACAAGUCAUGCGAGAGACAGAUUUUCCUCUAUCAGUGGCAGCAGAGGGCGGCAAAGCAGAAACCGAUCGCCCGCUCAAGUGGACGAAUGGCCCACCAGAUGUAUGACUCCAAACUGAAGACCUGGUACACAGGAGCCUACGCACAGAUGUACGCCACGCAGAUACUGCCACCGGGAGAGUUCUCAGGGACAAGGCUUAAUGCACCGAGAAGGAAACACAGACCGCAGUCAGCUUCGAGUGGGUGGUCAAGCGACGGAGAAAUUGACGAUGAUGAUUGGCUUGUUGAUCAGGAUGAGGUAGGGACCCAGGUCAAACUGGGAAUGGAGACGUUAAAGAAUGUGCAAGAAGCCGAGGCAAGGGCAGCAGGAAAGAAAGGUUCAAAGACGGAAAAAGGAAAGGGUGGAGUGAAAGAUCGCAACUCCACCUUUGAAGAUUGGUUGUCAAGGAAACAAAACAAUGAACGUGAGAAGGUGAAAGGCAAAAAGAAAGCUGACGUCCGUUCGAAACUGUUGGCCGAGGACAAGAAGAGGAGCAAUGCUGGGAAAGAACCUCCGAAGCAACGCUACGGCCUGAAUCCUAAAUCCCCUGAAAUGACGACCCCAGAUGAUGGAUCGUUUGAUAUGAUGAAGCUGAGGAAGGAGAUGAACAUCUUCAACCCUAUCGAGAUCCAAAACUGAGCACCGUAUGAAAAAGAGGGGGUAGGUUUAUUUGGUUAUUGAGAGGAUUGAAUUGUAAGCAUGCAAUAGACCUAGUGAGUUUUUCUUGAAACUGUUCAUGAAGUUGUGCUUUACAUUUUUAUGUAUUUAGAACGUGCAUUUGGUUUUAUCAGUAAUGCAUCAAGAAUUUCCAUUUAUUUUUAUGUACACUGUGCUUAAGGGUAGGUAGUGCCAUGCUGGGAAUUAAACCCUGGACCUUUACAUGUUUGAAGUUUGCCUCACACCAUAGUCACACACUAUUGAAAUGCCAUCUUGAACUUUUGGCUCUUCAUAUACCUAUUGUAUAUAAAAUCACUUUAAACCAUAGGAACAGCUUUAUGAAACACCACCAGAUCAGAGAAAGUGCUAUUGAUUCAUUUCUAUCUCAAUUAUGGAAAGCCAGUAAUGUCACAAAUAGAAUUGAAAACUUGCAAGCCAGUAUAUUAAUACAGUUCAAAAGGAACAAAAAAGUUAUAGCAGGUGGUCUUUUGAAUUCAGAUGCUCACUAUUCAGGUUUGACUGUAAAUCAGAGAGAAUAAUAUGCGACUUACCAAAACAAAAUCGUCAAUUCCCCAAAAAUUAAUUUUGAGAUUUUUAAAGGUUAACUCCACCCCAGAGAAAUUUUGAUUUGAAUAAAUAGAUAAAAAUCAAACUAGCAAAACACUGAGAAUUUCAUUAAAAUUGGAUGUAAAAUAAGAAAGUUAUGACAUUUUAAAGUUUCGAUGAUUUUUCACAAAACAUUGAUAUGCACAACUGAGUGACAUGCGAAUGAGAUAGUCGAUGAUGUCCCUCACUCACUAUUUCUUUUGUUUUUUAUUGUUUGAAUUAUACAAUAUUUCAUUUUUUAUAAAUUUGACAAUAAGGACCAACUUGACUGAACCAUAUAGUAUUAAACAAUGCUAAUUCCACGUGUUCAGGGAGGAAUUAAUCGUUGUUUCACUUGGCAAUGAGGAGAAAAUUAGAAUAUUUCAUAUUUCAUAUAAUAAAAUACAAAAGAAAAAGUGAGUGGAUGACGUCAUCAGUCUCCUCAUUUGCAUACAACACAUAACUGUUUUGUGAAAUUAAGCAAAACUUUAAAAUGUCACAACUUUCUUAUUUUACAUCCGAUUUUGAUGAAAUUUUCAGUGUUAUACAUGUUGGAUUUUUCUCUUUUUAUUCAAAUCAACUUUUUGUUGGAGUGGACUUGUCCUUUAAUGAGCUUGAAAAAGUAUACUCAAGGUCAUAAAAACACUUGUCAAAAUUGAUCAACUACAUGUAUAACCCUCUCUCAUACUUGAUUGAAUGUAGAAAAUAUCCAGCAAGAGCUUUAAAGAAUUGGGAAAAAAUUGAGGUUUGAAAUUUGGGAUUCAGUCAAGAAUGAGAUGUGCACAUUGUGCAAUCUUGGUGAAACUUCAAAGCAGUCCAGGAAAAAUAUGGUGUCAAAGAAACUCUUAUAUCUCGCCUUUUAUAUAACUUUACAAAUUUUGAAAGUAUUUAGAAGAAUUACUCUUUCAGGUAAGCUGAUUUUCUGAUUUUUACUUUUGGAAGAGCAAGCUGCUAUUUUGGUUAUUAUAAACCAAGAACCUUCCCUGACAACUUAUUGUUGGUUUUGGGGUAGCUGUAUAUGAGUUGAUAUUAAACAAGCAAUGAUCUUCUACAGUAUUUCUUCUGUUAAGGAAAUUGUGUACCCCUUCUCCAUGAUAAAGUAAGUCAUUGCAUGCUUACAUACAUGAGGUUGGCCUUAAUCAGUCCCAACUCACUAUAUGAUUGGGUCAGCCGUAUGAUAUUUGCUAAGCCUUAUCACCUCAAGUUUUCAGAUAUUUUUAUAUGCAGCCCUGCUGCUUUGAGCAUUGUAGGAUAAUCACUGUCAAAAUGAUUGAAAUGCUCAGCUGAUUUCUGGGGAUUUCUUUAUUACGUAAUUUGUCAGUGAUUUCCACCGAUAUCAUUUAAAAGAUAAUGAAAUCCUUCCAUCUGAUUGGCCAGGAUCAAAUUUGUCGAUGAAAAUCACUGGAAAAAAAAAACUUACUGAAAUGCUCUUCUUUUGUCAGCUGUGAUAUUUAUGUCACCUUUCAGAAGAUUGUCAAAUCAUGGAAACAAAUAAGUACUCAUCGCAACAGGUUUUUACAAUCUUGAUACAAUAUUGGUCUCUCUCUCUGUGAUGACAAAGACAAGGUACAUGCAUUGUGAUGAUUCACAGUGAGCAGUUCAUUUAAUGUGAAGAUUCAAAUUAAGUGCAUAGAUCAUGUCUAUGUACAGAUGGUCCAUAUUCAUUUGGUCUACAAGCAUUCGGUCUACUUCCCAGAUAGACUUAUUAACAUUUGGUCCGUUUUCAAUCAUCUACACUACACAUGGUCACAUACCACUUAGUCUAAUUAUAGACAAGUGGUGUUGAUUAUAGAAGAGAUGGGUGUAGCCAAACAAAAUGGGCUAAAUCGUAAUUAGACCAAUCAGUAUUAAUUAAACACACUGGUUGUAGACAAACGAGAACAGAAAUUAGACAGAUGUAUGUAGACCAAGUGUAUUAUUCUACAGAUUGGCUUAUGGGCUUGCUAAUCAUGAACAAAUUAUGCAUUGUGAAGAUUUAGAUUUUUGCUAUGGGUGGUGUAAAUGUCUUUUGUGAGAUAAUCAUGAAUUAUUACAUGAGGAUAGAAAUAGACCUUAUUUCAGAGGAGAACAUGAAUGAUGUCUUUCUGUUCAGGGAGUCGGUAUCCUAGGGGGUGUUUCACAAGAUUUAAGUAUGUCUUUUUAAUAGAGUCGCACUUAAAUGCUGACGCGUAUAUUAUAUGCAACGCGCAUUCUUAUUGAUUACGGUAAUACGCAGUAGUGCGCGUCCUCAUGGUAUGAUCUGACCAAUGCGGUCAUGCCUUUUGUUGCGAUCAAAGACAUUAAUUGGGAAGUUUUCAUUUUAAUGUAUAAGUUUGUGCUCAAUAUCGUAAUCAUACUAAUCAAGAAAAAAUCAAUCAUGACAGAAAUUUGUUUCAUGCAUUCUUCAAUACUAGUUUAUACAGACAAAUCUAAUUGAUGUACAUCAGGAUAAACCACUUUCUGAGAUCCCUUUUCAAUACAUGUAUCCACCUCAAUCAACCAAAAAAUUACUUUUUUUCUUUCCAGGGCUCUUUUUGGAGAAAAUUAAAAAAUUUCCAGGGCUACUUUUUCAUUUUCCAGGGCUCUUUUUCCACUUUCCAGGGCUACAAUUUCUGGAGCUAUUUCGCGGCUUUUUUGCGUUUGUGUGUGUGUGUGUGUGUGUGUGACGAAGCUUCGAAGCAGCGCGGCGCGAGCUAGUGAGAAGUACGUACCGGUACCAUCUCCAAUUCAUAGGCACAUGUACCACAUGCACUAUUCACGCCCGUAAACAGAGAUUCACAGGUAAGUUCUCUUAGCUGACACGAUCCUAUGAUGGACUCGCGUGCGCUGAAAUGAGCAAUGUUAUUGUGCCACUGUAUCUUGUAUUUGCUUGUGUGACUCUGCGGGCAGCUCCGCGGUGAUUUACGUACAUAUAUACGUGAUGUUCGCAACUGCAGUCGGGCAAUGAGUUUGGGAUUUUGUAGCACAAUUGGUGUGCGCGUAGGAAACAGCUCAAGAUUGUAAUAUAAGCGGUCACACGCAAAUGCAAACAAGUACACAUUUAAAUGCAAUAUAAUGUAUAAUGUAUAAUUUAAAUGCAAUCACGUACGUAUGCAUGAAAUGCUACAUAAAUAUACAGUGUUGACGGGGGCGAUUAUGAGUUUUGCAGUCGCCCUCGUGUGAAUGUUUUUAGCCCUUUUCCGGGGCUCUUUUUGGACUUUCCGGGGCGAAUUCGCCCGCCGCCCCCGUGUAAUUUUUUGGUUGACCUCAAUAUACCAAUGCAUGCAUGAUUUCUUUUAUCAUCAAAUUUUUUUCACCCAUUGAGCAUCAUUUCACCUUGAUUUUAAUACUUUUUUGUAUGAUUAAAAAAAAAAUCCAUAGUCAUUUUGAUGUCUGAUCUUAUCAACAUUCAAGUAAUUAUAAUCCCUAGCCUUCGCUGAUAUUAAUUUUGAUUUUUACAUGUACAAUGUCCAAUGUAUGUAUUUUGCAUGAUUGAUAUACAUGUAUGAUUUCAGCUAAAGUAUUAUGAUGUGUAUAUUUCGCUGAUUUUUUUUAUAUCCCACCAUCUGAAUUUCAUUCCACCUUGAUGUUAAAAAUAUUUUAUAACUCACUUUUAUUAAUAUUUUGAUUUUAUAAUUUUUGCAGAUGCUUGUAUCUUUUAUCUUGUAAAUACAUGUAUUUCACCAAUUAAUUUUUAUUAAUAAUUUUUUAUGUAUUUCUCGGUCAGUGCCUACUUUUAUGAUAUAGUGACCUGUAUUCUUAACUUGGGUUUAAUGCAAACUCUUGUCUUAGCUUGUGGUUUAACUAUGGAUAGCCAAUUACGACAUGUAUCUCUAGCAGUAUACAUGUAAGUUCAAUUGAUCGUCCUAUUUGACAGUCAAAUCAUUCAUAACUCAUAGCAAAUAAUUAAUGAAAUAGUUCUCUUCUUAAAGCAUGAUGAAAGAGUCAAUUUUUUAUGUUGAUAUGUAAUUUUCAACUUUUGGCUUCCCAUAAUUUUAGCACAGUUAGACCAUGGCCUAUUUUUAUUAAACAAGACAUCAGAAUAUGGGCCAUCAUAUAUUGAGCUAUAUAUGUCACAGUAGGUAUGAAUUAUACUUUCCUCACCAUCUGUAGACAGAGUAGGUUUCAAGCUUUAUCUUGCCCCUGAUAUGUUCGGUUUCUUAAGUCAUGAUGGCAAUUGACAGGUUUUAUUUAAGAAAAGCAUUUGAUACAUCAAAUUGGCAACUAUAUUUUCACCACUUUUUUUAAAACAUCCAUGAAAUAAAUUGAAAUUGAUAAGGAAUAUCUUUCAGUGUUAAAAAAAACUUACCAAUUUGCAUAUUGGGACAGUGAUUUGUCAUUACAUU